AUGCUCCAGAUCCAGGCUCGUAAGGCUGCAUUCGGAAACCCCGCCCGUUCUACGCUUGCACGCCAAAAUUGGAGCGUACGCUUCGACCUCACGCUUCGGGGAAAGCCAGACCGAAACAGCCUUCCGGCAGUCUCACGCUUGGCCUUGACGGUCAUCACGGCGCUGUCACUCAUUGCUGUCGACACCAUUUGGGACGGCCGGCGUCUUAGCAUCACUGUGGAUGUGGUCCUCCUCACUGUCACUACUUUCACGCUCACCAUGUCGGCUAGCUCACUGACAGUCAAGAAAUAUUACGACGAGACAAAGGAUCACAUGUCGAAGUAUAUGUAUUCCCUGAGUUUGUCAGUAUGA